UGAAUUGCCACGUUUGCUCAUCUCUCUAUCUUUCAUUCAUGCCAUAUCUCUCUGGAUCCCUCCACUCUAAUCUCUCUUUCCUUUUCAUCUACCAUCUCUUCUCUGUAAUCAAGUACAGCACGUUGAGUUCAACCUCUUUGUUUUCUUCUCUUUUUAAGUUCUUGAUUUUGUGUAUCUAUUUUUGUGGCAAUUUAUAUUCUAGGCCAUGUCCCCCAAGUAGCAAUUACUAUUUAUUUUGAUUUUCUUUUUGCCGGGAGCUUUUAGAAUCAGAUAUCUUUUCCAAAUAUUGUACUACUAGUUUAUUUUCAAAUAAUAAUUCUUCAUGUAGGACAAAAAAGAGAUUAGUCGCUACAGCUUGUUUGGAUGGUUGUUACCUAUCGUAUUGUAUUGUGUUGUUAGUUUAAAUAUUUCAACAACAUAUCCAGUGUAAUCACAUAAGUGGGUUCUGGGAAGGGUAGAGUGUAGGCACACCUUACCCUAUCUUGGCGGAUAGAGAGGGUUUCGAUAGACUCUCGAUUCAAGUAAAGCAGAAUUAGUUUAAAUAUAAUGUUUUUUUUUAUAGUUAUUUAAAUUUUAUUAUACCGUAUUGUUAAAUUCAUCGUUAGGUGACGACGAAAAGUCUCAUUUAUGUAACAACUGAUUUGGUGUGAUUACGUCGUUACCUUACCUUUGUUCUCAUUUUGUCUUUCGCUUAUUAUUUAAUAAUUAUAUUUUAUCUUUUAAUGUACUUUUUUAUGAUAGCUCUACACCGUACUAUACUUUUUUUUUUUAAGAUUUAUCCUUCAAAUUGCUGAUGUCUGACAUUACAUUAUGUAACGACGGGAAACGAAUCAAUCUAUCGAAAUAUUGUAUUCAUCAAAACAAUUCAAUACAAUCAACACAACACAAUACGAUCGUGAAACAAUAUGUAACAAUCCCGCUACUUUAAAGAAUUUCUCUUCUUCGGAGAGUGAGAGGAGGGGGGGGGGGGGGGUUGUUGAUGCUUCCAUUAAAGCUAGUACGAUCAUUGGUUUCAGGAGAUGCCAUUGCCAAUCCCACCCGCCUUGUUAGCUUACCCUUUCAUCAGAGUGAUCACACUGAGUUAGAUGAAAAUAUAGCCUUCAGUAGCAUGUGUAGCAAAGAAAAGAUCGCUUUGAUGCUCUUCGUUCCUACCAAGGAAUUGGUGAAGGAUUCAUAUAGACUGGCCACAUUAGCUAGAGAUAUUGGCAUGGAUCUUUUCCCAAACCCAUCUCUUUCUCACAUCAUCUUCUCAUGGCCCCGCACACACUCCUCUUCUUCAUCACCAUAUGUGUCUUUGUCUUGGUCAUCGGCUUCCCUCUUAUCAAACGACGCCGCUCCACUCCCCUUUCCAUCUCUUGCCACUGCGUCUCUGUCCAACUUGCGCCUCUUCGCUAAUCUCUCAAAGGGCUUUUUCAAGUUGGUUUUCAUGAAAUCUAAUCACAACCCAUUUCAUGAUAUCAGUAGCUAUUCGAGCAGUAAUAAUUGGGAUGUCACAACCCUUUCGUUGGUUUCAAAGAACACUGGGGUUAGAAUUGAUUCUAUGGAUCGGUUUUCCAAGGCUUUGCUUGGAGUAGGUUGGACACUAUUUAAGACUAAGACGAGCAGUGAUUCUAGGGAUAAGCAUUCAGUUGUAUAUCGGUAUAAGAAGCUAGAUUUAAAUAGAGUUCAUUUUAGAUGGCCAUAUGAAAACGAAACUGGGAUUUGUUCAAGUCCAAGUCCGAGUCCGAGUCCGGGUGAAUCUUGUAGGGUUAGAGAAUUGAGGCUGCCCCAAUUGGACUUCAAAAAUGCACCUUUGAGGAUUUUGCAGUACAUUCUUCUGAUGACUGAUGACGUCUUCUAUCUUACAUAGUUUUUCUCAGGAUGGGAGCUGCUAGAGUUGGUGAAAAGAAAAAGUGAAGCGUCUCUCUUGCACAUUUUGAUGAUCGAAGAAGAAUCCGUACUUAGAACAAUAGAGCUUGUGUCUAUUUAUAAUGCAUUUCUGUUUCUAGAAAGAAGACCUGUGAUUAGAUGUUUUCUAUGAUUAUAUUUGAAGAUAGGUUGACUCAUCCUGGUUAAGAAGACAAAAAACAUAACUUUGUUAACUAAUGAUUAUGAGUGUUAUCAUGUCAACAGUAAAUAUUUGAUCAUCUUUGUCUGUGUGUUGAGUGCGAGCGCGGGAGAUAAUCACGCGGAGAAUCAACAUCAUUUUCUAAUGGCAUAAUACAUAGAUAGACACCUUAACUUGGCUCAACUGGCAACUAAACACCACAACUUCGAAAAUGCACAUCUAGACACCUUAACUUAGUUUAAGUUGGCCCCGUAAACAACCAAACUUUGGAAUGCACAAUUGGAGAAUGCAAACCCAGAAAAUUAUGUUUGUGGGGCCAAGUUAAGGUGUCUAGAGUUGGGGUUUAGUUGCCAGUUUAGGCCAAGUUAAGGUGUCUAUCUCUAAAGAGAACUUUAAAUGCAAUCCACCAAAUUGCAGAUAUUGCUGAAGAGUUUUCAAUGUUCAAAUGCUUUUUCAUGUGGGAGGUGAAAAUGUUGUAGAAUGGCUAGAAGAAUAAAUCUGGGACACAAAGGCCCCUUGUAAGGUGGCCUGUUUCUCAUGGUUGUUACUGUAUUACUGGAUUGACGAUAUAGAAAUCUGAUCCAGAUGGAUAAUUUACCAGCUGAAUUACUUCUGGAUAUUUUGGAAAGGAUUACAAGAACUGCUGAUAGAAACUCUGUAUCCCUAACUUGCAAGCGCUUCCACAAAUUGGAUAAUGUGCUAAGAAUAUCUAUGCGCGUAGGCUGUGGUUUACAUCCUGUCUGCGAUGCAUUAACUGCUCUAUGCAGCAGAUUCUCUAACUUGGAGAAAGUGGAGAUUAUUUACUCUGGUUGGAUGUCUAAGUUAGGGAAACAAUUGGACGAUAACGGCCUUCUCAUCCUUUCAAGUCGCUGCCCUCUUCUCAAGGACCUGACAUUAAGUUAUUGUACUUUCAUUACAGAUGCUGGUCUCAGUUACUUGGCUUCUUGUUCGAAACUUACAUCCUUGAAGUUGAACUUUGCUCCGAGAAUUACCGGUUGUGGCAUCUUGUCUCUUGUUGCAGGCUGCAAAGCCCUCAGUGUUCUUCACCUGAUUAGAUGUCUGAAUGUUGGUAGCAUGGAGUGGCUAGAAUAUCUUGGAAAACAUGAAAUGCUUGAAGAUCUCUGCAUCAAGAAUUGUAGGGCGAUUGGAGAAGGUGAUUUGAUUAAACUUGGACCUACUUGGAGAAAAUUGAAGAGACUGCAAUUUGAGGUUGAUGCCAACUACAGAUACAUGAAGCUUUAUGACCGUUUGUCAGUUGACUGGUGGCAAAAGCAAUGGGUCCCAUGUGAGAACAUGCUUGAACUUAGCUUAGUGAACUGUGUUAUCAGCCCCGGGAGAGGGCUUGCAUGCGUAAUAAGGAAUUGCAAGAAUUUGGAAAAGAUUCACUUGGACAUGUGUGUUGGGGUAAGGGACUGUGACAUAUUGUGUUUGGCCCAAAAAUCAAGCAACCUUCGAUCAAUCUCUCUCCGGGUCCCAUCAGACUUCUCCCUUCCUCUGUUACAAAACAAUCCAUUGCGGUUAACAGAUGAAAGUCUAAAGGCAGUGGCUCAGAAUUGCUCCCUGCUUGAUACGGUUAGGUUGUCUUUCUCUGACAGGGAGUUCCCCUCGCUUUCUUCCUUUACAUUAAAUGGAAUACUUAUGUUAAUACAAAUAUGUCCAAUAAGAGAACUUGCUCUUGACCAUGUGUAUUCUUUUAAUGAUGUUGGACUGCAAGCCCUUUGUUCAGCACAAUAUUUCCAAAUCUUGGAACUUGUAAAGUGCCAAGAAAUCACGGAUGAGGGCUUGCAGCUUGCUGGCCAAAUUCCUCAAUUGUGUAUAUUGCGGUUGAGGAAGUGUUUGGGAGUGACUGAUGAUGGGUUAAAGCCUUUUGUUGGGUCUUACAAGUUAGAGUUGUUGGUUGUGGAGGAUUGUCCACAGAUAUCAGAAAGGGGUUUUCAAGGAGCUGCAAAGUCAGUCACCUUCAAGCAAGAUUUGUCAUGGAUGUACUAAGCUUUUCCAUUUAUAGAUAUUUUACCAGAUGUUGUACAGGUUAGGUUGUGCUGUCUAUUCAACCUGUUGUACAGUCACUCGUUUCUUUUUGUUUCAUAACAAUUCUAUAAUCUGCAUCUCAAAGUUCCCUUUUUUCCGCAUGUUGCAUAAUAAAUGUUAAUCCGAGUGUCUCUUCCAUUCUC